CAGAGCGGGCGGAGGGGCGGCUCCGCGGGCGCACUCUGAGCGGACGGCGGAGUGACCCGACCAGCUGUCCUGACACCAGCCCAGACUGCCUCACCGCACGCAGAGCCAUGAGAGCUGCCUGCCUCUUCCUGCUCUUCCUGCCUGCUGGCCUGCUGGCUCAGGCCCAAUACGACCUAGACCCUCUGCCUCCGUUCCCGGACCAUGUCCAGUACACCCACUAUAGUGACCAGAUAGACAACCCGGACUACUAUGAUUAUCAAGAGGUGACUCCUCGGCCCCCCGCGGAGCAGUUCCAGUCCCAGCAGCAAGUCCAGCAGGAAGUCAUCCCGGCCCCCACCCCAGCACCAGGAAAUUUGGAGACAGAGCCCACGGAGCCUGGGCCUCUGGACUGCCGCGAGGAACAGUACCCGUGCACCCGCCUCUACUCCAUCCACAAGCCUUGCAAACAGUGUCUCAACGAGGUCUGCUUCUACAGCCUCCGCCGCGUGUAUGUGGUCAACAAGGAGAUCUGUGUUCGCACAGUGUGUGCCCACGAGGAGCUCCUCCGAGCUGACCUAUGUCGGGACAAGUUCUCCAAAUGUGGCGUGAUGGCCAGCAGCGGCCUGUGUCAUUCCGUGGCGGCCUCCUGUGCGAGGAGCUGCGGGGGCUGCUAGCGGGGAGCCGGCACCCCAAGCCCUGGGCCUUCCCUGGAUCUGGGGCCCUUGGGCCCUGCCUGACCUGGUGCUUUUCUCCCCAGCCUGACAUUCCUUUUAUUCUGUAAAAAGUGGACUGUGGCCCUGAGGCAGGGGUUUGUCUCAGCCCCGCCCCCCUGUGGCCACCCCCAGGGCACAGUGGGGGCUCCCCACUGCCCAGUUGUCACCCCCAGAUGAGGGGCAUCCCAGGCCUCUCGGUGGGGCCUGGGCCUCUGAUGUGCCUUCUCAGUCCCUCAAGGACAGUCCCCUGCCCACCCCCUGCCCCUCGAGGUAGGCUCUGCCCCUCCCCCCAGCUGGUCCGCCGGGACUUCCUACAGCGCCCGGGCACAGACCACCUUUGUUUUAUACAAAAUUAAAAUUGUUUUU